GAACAGAGGACGACUAACUGCAUGAUUUCUGCAAAUAGCACGUGACUCUUUUAUAAGCUUAUAAGGCAUCCAGCGGGAAGCUUAAGGCUGUAUUCGAGAUGUCCAAAUGUCAUUUCAAAAGACAAUCUAGUGCCACAUAUAUAGCUGACAUGCUGCUACCAUUAGCGACAUGGACCCAUUCACGGCGAUUGGGCUCGCAGGCAACAUCAUUAGUUUCUUGGAUUUCGGGUACAAGCUGAUUUCCAUAGCCAAGGGCAUUCACGCGUCGGCCUCCGGUUCAAGCGCGUAUAAUGACAACUUGUCUCAUUCGACGCAACAACUUCAGCAACUUGUCAACAACUUGAAGGUGGCUAACCCGCUUGGCUCUUUCUCGGAACAAGAACGGUCUCUUCUUCGAGUUGCUAGUGACUGCGAGAGUGUGUCGGUAGAACUAGCAAAUUUACUCGAUAAAUUAAAGGCUCCGAACUCAAAGUCUAUGCGAGGCGCCUUUCGGGCUGCAAUACGAAACUGGCGCAAGAAAGAUGAGAAGGCCGAGUUGGAGCUACAAUUAGAUAGUUGUAGACAGCAGCUGAGCCUAGAGCUUGUGAGCUUAUCCAGAUCCGAGUCAUUGGAACGACUUAACAAACUUCUCGCCCACGGCCAAGCUAAUGAAUUCGAGUUGCGGUCACUCAUCAAAAAUGUGGAAUCCCUACGCUUGGGCAUCAACGUUUCCUGUCUCGGUUCCGAAGCCUUGGAUCAAAUCCGAUCAUUACUUCGGUUGACUGACGAUGCCAUUCUAGAUGUUCGUCAGACUCGUAUUCUGGAUGCUUUGCGAUUUGAACAUAUGAACGAAAGAUUGGAAGACAUUGAAGAGGCUCAUCGAAAGACCUUCUCUUGGAUUUUCGCAGGCGAAGCAGAUACGGCCGGCGAGUAUAUAAUGCCCGAUGGUGUAUCUAUGCGUCCUCCCGAAAAUGACUUAAGUGACAGCUCGAGCUUUGAGCGGGGAUUAUAUGAUCUACCAUUAAGCGAAUGUGAUAGUGAUUCACUUAUGUCAGACGGCGGAUCCGCCCACUCGGAGAUUACUCGACAACAACGACGACGGCGGCAGCGGGAAACAUCGUCGGCCUUCUCGGACAUAGGUGUACCUAAUUCUGCAAGAGAAAAUCUAAGUGAAGCUCGGGAUAGCUUCAUUGGCUGGCUUCAACGAGAUUCCGGCAUUUUUUAUAUCUCAGGUAAGCCGGGGUCAGGCAAAUCGACUUUGAUGAAAUAUAUUACACAGCAUCCUAGAACGAAAGACUACCUAAGUGCCUGGGCAGGCGAUAAAAAGCUCGUCUUAGGAGCUUUCUUCUUUUGGAAGCCCGGUUCCGCCCUUCAGAGGAGUAUAAAGGGGCUCAUUCGGGGGCUUCUAUACUGCCUCCUCUCAGAAUGUCACGAUCUAAUUCCUAUCGUAUUUCCUACGCAGUGGGAAUCAUCGGCUAAUAGGGAGAAUUUUCACAUUGAACAUCAUGAAUGCCAGCGAGCUUUUGAGAGACUUAUUACUGCAAGUAGACGUGGUGGAGAGCAUAAAAUUUCGCUCUUCGUAGACGGCCUGGACGAAUUCGAAGGGAAUCACGCGGCCUUGAUCCGGCAACUACUUGCGUGGUCAAACGAGAACUCGAACGUGAAGAUUUGCGUAUCUAGUCGGGAAUGGGCUAUAUUCAGAGAUAAUUUUGGGGAUUUUCCUAAGUUUCGACUACAUGAUCUCACAAGCUCCGACAUUCGACUAUUCGUUAGGGAUCGGUUUCGCGAGAUGCGUAUUAGUACUUUGCUAAAUAACGACAGCUCUUGGGUUGCCCCAGGUAUCUUCGGUAUUGAAGACUUUGAGAAAACAAUUGUGGAUGAAUCGGAUGGCGUGUUCUUAUGGGUAUCGAUUGUCCUUCGACACGUCGAGGACGGGUUGGCGAAUGGUGAUCAGCUGAAAGAUCUAGUAAGGCUGAUUAAGUCUCUUCCAACUGACCUCGAGCCUAGAGGUCCUCUACGAUAUGCCUCCUUACAACAGAUAUUGACCAUGACUACUAUCCUAGUGUUCCAACAACUCUUAGAAUCAAUACCCCACAAUAACCGAAGAUUAGCAUACAGCAUGCUCUCUCUGGCUCAUUUUUGUCAUCUGCACCUGCACAACACUCCCCUAAUGCAGUUUUCGUUCCUGGAAGAGUAUAUCGAAGACAGGAACUUCGCGUUAUAUUCGGGUGUCAGCCUAUUGACCACAAAGGAGAGAGAUGAACGCUUAGCAAGGUCCAAGAGACGAAUAUAUGGCCUAUGUAAGGGACUUCUUGAGCUACGCCCGAGCGACGCCCGGUGUAAACUUUCAAAGGUAUUUAGGAGUGUGGUUCGCCUCAUACAUCGAUCAAUCUCCGAGUUCUUGGAAAGCCAAGAUUUUAAGCAAAAGAUGGAUACGGAAUUACCAGACUUUGACCCUCUGGACGCCUAUUGCCAUACGUACCUCGGUCUAUUACAACGUGUUCGUCUCCCGGCCUCCUAUUAUGCAUCUAAAACAAGGCCUAAGUACCCGAUGCCUUACAAUUUCUACGAUGGACCAUAUUCAAACGAGGGGGUAUUCUAUAACCCUCUCUACCUAUCGCUUAGGCAUGAAUUGGAAACCAUGAUUCUAGGACAUAUUGUUUCUGGCCAACGAGCUUCCUCGCGCUUUCAUAAACUUCUAGAUGCCGCCCACAAAACACUCAGUAACUUGGAAAGGAAUUUUCCGAAUAACAGGUGUACGUUAGUGGUGCGCGAUUCGGAUUUGGCUGUCCAUUGUGAUCCUAAAGACCUUGUUGUGAUAGCUUGUGCGCAGAUGGGCUUCUACGAGUACCUCAUUCUAAAACAGAACAUUAGCUGCGAGCUGAUGUCUUGUUGCGCCUCUGUCGCCUUGCUCAGUUUCGGGUUCGUCAAUUAUCAUGGUCCUGAGAUGUGGAACACGACUUUGAAAUUUCUCGGGGUCCUUUUUGACCACGGAGCUUCCCCCGAUUCCAGCAUAAUCUCCGGCAGAGAAUCCGCGUUCCAUAUGAUGCUCCAGAACUGGUGUUAUUGCAGAAAACUGAACCUAGCAGCGGUCGCCUUCAUGCUGUACCACGGCAUAAAUCCAAGGUUUGCCUUAGUGAUGGGCAGGACGAAAUAUACCUAUUCGCACAAUAAUAAGUGCCCUGCUUUUUUCAAGGUAUAUUUUACUUCGGAGCAGUUCUCGCCAGACCCGGAACAUGGGAUGCAGACCAUGCGUAUACUAAGACGCCGCGAGAGACGCUACGUCAUCGAAGAGACUCCCACCAUUCUCCGCACCAUAAAAAAAUACGGCCAGGUCGUCGACUUAAGGACGCUCGUAUCCUUCUGGUUCCCAGACCAAAGCGCCGUCCUCCAAGAGGUCAUUGACUGGAUCCUGGCCCUCGGGUGUCCUGUCGAGGCGCGCCACCGCGCGGAGCUGCAGGACCGGUUCGGCCCCGCGCUCCGCCCGUUCUUCGACCUGAACCACCCGAACUUUGUGCAAUAUAGCCCCGAGGAUACGGGGCUCCAAUUGCUCACCCGGCCUAAUAGUUUGUUCGGGAGACACACGGUCUUCCUUUUUCCGAGGGCGAUAAUUUCAGGGCUUAGGCGUUGCGUGGAGGAGCCCGGGGCGACGGGUGACGAGAUUGGGAUGUCGUCGACUACACAUUUGGUGGGUAGUCUAACCGAACGUCGACUAAGAUGAAGCUUGGGAUACAGUGGCAGGGUUGGUUGGCGUAAUAGAAGGUACAUGGCAAUGGUGAGGUGAUGAAGAAGUAGUAUGGAGAAACAGCAGGGAGAAAUACUGCGUGAAAGGAAAAAAAAUAGGGAAUAACGAUAGGGAGCAAUGAGGAGCAAUGAGGAGUAUGCGCGUCUUUGGAUAUGUCACGACGUAAAAAACUACCAACACCCCCACCUUCAUUUGAACUCAAGCUUCGAGUCUAUGGAAUACGUCGUUCGUCAGUGAUUUCUUGCUCGUUAAGCAGCAUGUUACUUCCUUGCGGAAUAACGAGAUAGAGGAUUCAUCUAUUAC